AUGAAAACAGCUAUUGGAUUAUCUCCUUUCCAAAUGGUCUAUGGAAAGGCAUGUUACCUUCCGGUGGAGAUGGAACAUCGAGCUCUAUGGGCCUUAAAAUUCUUGAAUUAUGAUCCUGGUGACACUGUAGAAAAGAGAAGAAGGCAAAUUAUUGAGCUUGAGGAAAUGUGGCUACAUGCCUAUGAUUCUUCUAAGAAUUACAAAGAGAAGUUGAAGUCCAAGUGGUCUGGUCCAUUUAUGGUUAAGAAUGUCCUUCCACAUGGAGCAGUUGAGUUGACAGAUCCAUCCUUACCCACAAAGAAGUUGGAUGGUCAAUGGACAACGUCUCAAGCAUUAUUUGGGUGGUGA